CACUUUGGUGAAGGCGGUGCUAGUGGUGCCCAAGCAGCAGGGCCUUGCCUUUGUGGUUGUAGAAAGAGAAGAUGGCUCCCGUUCUGGAGAAACAGCUCCCGGGCGCAGCCGGGGCCGGCGAGAAUAACAACGAAGAGGAAGAAGGACAAAACCUUUGGACCUCAAUACUGAGUGACGUUUCAACUAGAUCAAGUUCAAAGUUGCCAUCGGGAAAAAAUAUCCUGGUAUUUGGUGAGGAUGGAUCAGGAAAAACGUCACUUAUGUCCAAACUUCAAGGAACUGAUCACAACAAGAAAGGGAGGGGACUGGAGUAUCUGUACUUAAAUGUCCAUGAUGAGGACAGAGAUGACCUUACUCGCUGUAAUGUUUGGAUACUGGAUGGGGAUGUAUACCACAAAGGCCUACUUAAGUUUGCUGUCUCAGCUCAGUCACUACCUGACUGUCUAGCUGUGUUUGUUGCGGACAUGUCACGGCCCUGGACCAUUAUGGAGUCACUACAGAAGUGGGCAAGUGUGCUUCGUGGCCAUGUGGACAAGCUCAAGAUCCCUCCUGAGGACAGGAGAGAAAUGGAGCAGAAAAUGGUGAAAGCGUUCCAAGAGUACACAGAACCGGAGGAUGCCACUCAAUCCUCCCCACAGAGACGGGCCCCAACAGCUGGGGAAGACGAGGCUGUUGUGCUACCACUUGGGGAGAACACACUCACAUACAACCUGGGCAUUCCAGUGCUAAUAGUUUGCACAAAGUGUGAUGCAGUCAGCGUACUAGAGAAGGAGCAUGACUACAGAGAGGAGCACUUUGAUUUCAUCCAGUCCCACAUCAGGCGAUUUUGCUUACAGUAUGGAGCUGGCCUGAUCUAUACUUCAGUCAAAGAGGAGAAGAACAUGGAUCUGCUUUACAAAUAUAUAGUACAUAAGAUGUAUGACUUCCAGUUCACCACACCUGCCUUAGUGGUGGAGAAGGAUGCAGUGUUCAUUCCAUCUGGAUGGGAUAAUGAGAAGAAAAUUGGGAUUUUGCAUGAAAACUUCACAACAGUCAGACCCGAAGAUCCAUUUGAAGAUUUUGUCACAAAGCCUCCAUUACGGAAGCUGGUUCAUGACAAAGAGAUAAGUGCAGAGGAGGAGCAGGUAUUCCUGAUGAAGCAACAGUCUUUGUUAGCGAAGCAGCCAGCCACACCAACAAGAGGGGCAACAGAGUCUCCAGGACGGCCAGCUUCUGGGUCUCCCAGACCUGCGGGUCGUGCUGGCCAACCCACCGUGACCAGUGGCUCACCAAUGUCUGCUGUCAAAAAGCCUGACCCUAACAUGAAAGCGGGGGCUGCCAAUGAGGGAGUGCUGGCUAACUUCUUCAACAGUCUGUUGAGUAAAAAGACUGGAGCCCCAGGGAGCCCUGGAACUGGAGCAGUUGGAGCUGGAGUGCAAGGGUCUGCCAAGAAAACAGGGCAGAAGCCGGGUUUGACUGAUGUCCAGGCUGAGCUGGACAGGAUGACUCGCAAACAAGACUCCAUGGUUUCAGCUAACAACAUACCACCGCCGACAGAGAACGAAGCGUGAAGGCAACAAAAACAGCUGCAUCGUCCACUGCGUUAAUACUCUGGAAAAAAUACAUGUACAUGUGAGCAUAAAAAAUUGACCAAAUUCCCAAUGUUUAUAUCAGUCAGCACACACAGUGGUUUCACCAAAACAAGUUUCAGAUGCUAUCAGAUAUUUUGGUGUUCUGGUGAGAUGGGAAGAGAGAGAUGACAGAGAUGGAGGUGUUAAUGAGAUGAUAAGUGCUGAAGGCUUGGCUUUAUUUCUGUCCUCUCUUCCACUGUAAAUGUUAUUUUGUGAGGGAUGUCAGUUUAUGGAAAUGUGUGCACACUCCCUGGCAGCCAGCCAGAUGCGCUGGGCUGCAGGCCCCCCAGCUUCUGGGGUAAAACACCCUCUCCUCAUGGGUUUAAAGAGGGGAAAUAUACUGUUCCUGUGGCCUCUGGUUUAGCUUAUCUGAUGGAAGGAAUUUGGUUGCAAUUGGAAAGGUAUUUAAACUUUAAAUAUAUUCACUGAAAAAUAAAUACGUGCAAAAAUAUGUAGUAUGUAAAAAAUGUUGGAUAUGAUACUGAUGUAUUUAUACAAAGUUCCUCCUUUUUAUUUUGUUUUGUGCACCAUUUAUCGGUUUAAGGAAACAAUGAUCUGUAUCGCAUAACAUGUUAAAAUGCCACUGACGUCAUGACACUAAUAUGGCAAGUCCAGAUAGCUGACAGCAUAUCAUAUCAUUUGCCCUAGUCAUCUCGAAGGAUCCUGUAAAUAUAAAAACAAAAAAAUCUAUUCAGGUUAACUUUGAUUUUGUAUAAAAUGCAAUUCUGUCCAAAUUCUGAAAAUAGCUUCUUUGACUAAAUGAGACUGGUUGGGAUUUGAGAGGCGUAGAGGUUGCAACAGAAUCACUUCUUUAGCUACAGGUGUGUAUAUUUGGGGAGGGGGUUGGGCAGCAUCUUUCCUACUAUAACUCCUAAGUGCCUCGCACAGUUAGCUGUUUGUGUCAUAGUAGAGGUGCUUGUCUACAUAAGAGGAAAGGCACUGUAGCACCAUCGGUUAAAAAGGUUUUUGUCCAUUUCUUGUCAUCCAAAUAAUUUAUUUGUUUUACAUUUUUGUUAAUGUACAACAAGCCUGUGGUCUCUGUUAUUUUUCAGACAAAAGAUUUCAGUGGCCUAGUUGAUAGUGUUCAAUAGAGCAAUAGAUUGAAUGCCUUCAUGCAAACUGUAAAGGUUGCUGAUGCUGAGAAGAAACCACGUGAUGGAACUUUUUGGUCCCCCAGAUGAACACUUAACUAUGGUUGAAACCACUUACUUUGCAGCCAAAACACAUAACAAUGAUUUGCUGUGGUUUGAACAAAAUGAAAUAUCGUAUCCUUCAGUGUUUGACAGCACUGUCCUCCUCUGGUUUCACAUGUUUUAUUCACACUUUACUUUGCAUGUCAGUUAAAACAUUCCCAGUUUCUACAUGAAGUAGCUGUAGAAACACAUCCCUGUAGGAAACCUGUUUGUCUAGUCAGGUCUUUUUGUUCAGUCUCUUUCAGUGCCCAUUUAAAAUGACAACCUUUGCCUUCAAUGUACAGCUAACAGUUUGUCACACUGGGCACCCUGCCUUCACAGGAAUGCUUCUAAUUAAUAUUUGUGUCCUUAAGGGGUUGCUUAAUUGUCUUAUGUAAUUUCUUUUCAAUUUUUUUUUUUUAAAUUAAAACCAUUAUACUGUACCAUAUCACACAUGAUGUAAUGUUUAUGGUUUCAUGACACCAUAAUCUAAUCAAAAUUAAUAAUGUGUACAUUAUCAUUCUUAAAUCUGUAUGCAGGGCCCUACUUAAUCCUAUGGAUAGUGUACAUGAGUAGCUUUCACAGAAUUAAUGGUGUGAAGUGAGCAGCUAUUUGCUAUUCAAAUAACAAUAGCAAAAAAGGAAAACUGGAGUGAAUUGGAACAUGGAACCAAAGAUGCAUAUUAGUAACUCUUUUCUGCUUUUAUAGUUGGUAGUCAUCCAUAAGAUUAACCAGUGGCCAUUUUCUGUCCCUCUUUUGCAUGGAGCCCUUGCAUUCCACAUUUCAGACCUGCCUAUAAACUCUGUUUUUGAAUAACACCCUAUCCAAAUGGUAGAAAUGCCUUACUCUACUCAACCAUAUCUGGGAUUUCAGGAGUAAAAAAAACAAACACUGUAAUUGUGUUCUGGUAGAUUAUGGAAAAUUCUCUAAACUGGUCUACAAAUGCAAUUUAAUUAGGGUUUAACAUCAUCUUUCUUAAACAUUUACUCUGUAAGGGAAUAACCACAAGACCAUAUUGGUGCACAAGUCUAUGCAUGAUUUGAUUUGUUGUCAAAAUGAUGCUACACAACUGUUUGGGAUUUACUUUUGAUCAAAAUGAAGCUCUAAUUUUUUGUAUUUUUUUCCUUAUUUCUCCUUAUUUUUUGGUGACUGCGUGGAAUGUGCACCUGAGGGUCUGUUGCCGAAGUGAAUGAAGCACAAUUUAAGAACAGCCAGGUGCAGUACCGCCACAUGUUGAAUUAAGCACUUUUCCUUGGACACUUGUAUCAAUUCCCUGUUGCUACGGUUAAAGAUACAGAAUGCAUAUUUUUCUUUUUGCCUUGCCUUUUUAGAACAUUUAGUAAUGAACUUAGAAGUUAACCUACACAGUAAAACUGCAUUCUUUAUCUGCAUUUGCUGCUUAAGUUAUGGAAGGUGCCCUCGGUGGUUAACUAUGGAAUAAUUCCCUUCUGCUGGUGAUAUUGUAAAUUUAAUAUGAAUCCUUUAGAAAUCACUGUUAUUACACUUUUGCCAGGGAUGUUUUUUUGGGGCAUCUUGAAGUAGAUAAACCAAAUUGUCCUUUUUGCCCAUGAAACAUCCCCUUGUUUGUGUUUACAUCCUACUUAGGCAUGUUUUGGUUUCAGUUUUUAAAUAUGGUUUUGCCCAUUGAUACUUUCUGUUCAAAAGAACUUGGAAAUGUCAUCCUAAAAGACUAAACUAAUUUAUCUUAAUGAAACAUUGCCACACUUGUUAAAUUUGGCAUUUAGCUGAGUGGAAUGAAGUGCUCUCAUGCUGCUUAGUUUCAAAGUUGCACUUGCUCUUUAUAAAGAUUGGAUGUUGCUCCCACGAUUGAAUAUUGACCCCGAUGUUGUAACUUUUGUACUCAAACGUCAGUUGAAAGCAACUGUCUCCUCACAUCCUAACUGAAUUGCCUUCGACCACUAUUGACAGUCUACAUCUAUAUGAGACUAUGAGCUUCUGCUUCCAGUCCUUUUGUAUUCAGGAAAUCAAGACAUUGUAAGCACAUGGCUGGCUGCAUUUUUGUGUCCUGAAUUAAUUCAGAAGUUUGAUUGUAUGACUUUAACACAAUUCUGUAGCCUCUAAGCUGCCAUGUGGAUUCUAGCUUCUUAUGCCGACAAAGAUAAGGAAAAUGUUUAUCACCCCUGGCUUCAAUAAAACCAAGAAUCCAAACUUUA